AUGGUCAAUCGUAUCGAUCUCCCAAAUCAUGUCCUCGAUGACUCAGAUAAGCCUGAGAUCGAGGACUGUGAUCGGCGUGCAAACAAAUGUUUAGAGUUUGACCGUUCUGGAUUACGCCAGCUGGCCAAGGAAGCUAGCAAGUCUGAAUCGGACCUGGCACAACUGGAAGCCUUGAUUGAGGGACGAACCUAUGAAAAGCAGAAGCACAGGAUCAUGAAGGUUGACCCAAUCAAGCUCUACCCGAUGGUGGCUAUGAAGGGCAAGAUUGAUGACCUGGUCAAGCAGAGCAUCGUUGCAAAACAAGAGAAUGAGGAGAUUCUCUGGUCCACGAAGUCUUUAUUGGUACCGAAGAACCCGCGGGUUACUCCUCAGACCGUGGACGACUGGCGGUAUUGCACGAGCUUCGCCAAGAAACCCUGGAUCGCCUGUUUGACGGUUUACAGGGUAUCAAAUGGUAUAUUGAUAACAUCGUAA